GCAAACAUGUCACUGGAUCAUAUAUCAGCAGCAGGCAUUACUCAACUCGUGGGUGGCAGCAUAGAAACACAUACAGCCAGUAGUGUGUUACAUAACAGUCUGUGGUCAUGGAAAGUAAGUGAGCUAAUGUUAAGAAUAAUGCUGCAUUAUUUUCCAUAAUACAGUAAAUGAUUCCAGACGUAGUUAAAACGAUCAAAUGUGUUUUAACGGGUUUAAAGUGCUGCUGAAGACAGUCUGCAGGAUAUUUUUGUCAGUAAUGAGUGUAUGAUUACAGUUAUAAAAGGAAACAAGCUGCAGUUUGUACGUGAGUGUUUGUAGAGGAAUAAGCAGGAGAAGCAGUGGGAGGAGAGUUUGCACUGCCUUGAAGUGAGUAUGUCUCUUAGGGAUCCACUGUAUGAACCUCCAUCUGUCUCAGAGCUGCAAGAGUUCCUGCUGGCCAACAGACGACCCACUGGGCAUGUCAAUCAAGUCUGGCCUAACCUUUACAUAGGCAACGAGUUGGUUCAUGCACACAUACACACACAUCUACAGUGUAUAAGCAUCUUUUCUCUUUCAGAUGUAAAUGAGUGGUUGUGUUUCAGGGUUGCGGCUCGUGACAAGGCGUCUCUCCACAGUCUGGGCAUCACUCACAUUGUAAAUGCUGCUCAUGGUCCCCCCAACCCCAGCCCAGGACUCUGUUUCUAUGUCAACACCGGCCCACGCUUCUACAGAGACAUGUCAGUGGAUUAUUAUGGGGUGGAAGCUGAUGAUGCAAUAGAGUUCAUCCUUAGUCCUUUUUUCUACCCAACAGCACGAUACAUCAGAGCUGCACUGGCCAUGGGAGGACGAGUGUUUGUCCACUGCCUGAUGGGUGUGAGCCGCUCUGCGACGUUAGUGCUGGCUUUCCUGAUGAUUGUUGAGGGCCUGCGGCUGCAGGAGGCCGUGGCUGCUGUCAGGCCACACAGAGACAUCUGUCCCAACCCAGGCUUCCUGCAGCAGCUCCGCAGCCUUGACAAGAGCCUGGAGAGGGAGAGGAGGAGACGACGGCAGGCCCAUAUGCUAGAUCACUUAGCCCAGGAGAAGGAAACACCGUCUCUGACAGAGUUGAGGCAAAUUCUCUGGAACAACAGGAAGCCAGUGGCACCUGUCAAUCAAGUCUGGCCAAACCUGUACAUUGGAGAUGAGUCUGUGGCACGGGACAAAGCCAUGCUCUCAUCUCUGGGUGUAACUCACAUAGUGAAUGCUGCAGCAGGUCGACACCGCAUCAACACGGGUCAGCAGUUCUACAGUGACCUUGAAGUGGAAUAUCACAGCAUUGAAGCUGCAGACCAUCCCGAGUUUGACCUCCAACCUUUCUUCAGCACCGCUUCUCAAUUCAUAGACAGCGCUCUGAAGAAAAGCGGGAAGGUGUUUGUCCACUGUGCUAUGGGUGUCAGUCGUUCUGGAGCGCUGGUUUUGGCUUAUUUAAUGAUCUGCCAGGGCUUGUCGUUAGUGGAGGCCAUCCUUGCUGUGCGUCUGACCCGAGACAUUGGACCUAACUCUGGAUUUCUGGAGCAGCUCAGACAAUUGGACCUGAGUCUCAGUCCACUGAGCGGAGAGAUCACAGAGGACGACCACACCAAUGCGUCCUGAAGACUAAGGAACUUGCCUUUUCACCCUUGUUACACAUGCACAAGGUUUAAGAGACUGUUGAAUCCAAGUUUUCUCUAAUUAAAUCUGACAAAUAGAAAUGUUCAUACUGUGUGAUCUGUUACAGAAGUAAAGGUGUCUUCAGGCUGUUAGAUUAUCUCUGGCCAAGCAACAAUCAGCAGUGUAUAACAACUGAAUGCUUCAAGUUUCCAGAAAUAACUCUGCAGUGACAAAUGCA